AUGGGAAGGGGAGGAGCGAUCAAGAAACCAAAGAUAAGGCGUGAUGCGAGUGGGAAAUCCUUUCAAGAUGCAGACGCAGCGCAAGAGGAGCAUCAUGUCAUGGAAAUCGGGGACAAGUACUUUCAGCAUGCGCUCGUCAUGCGCGCUGAGAAGGAUCUGCGUCCCUCGAGCUCUUUGAAGAAAGUUUUCGGAAUCGGCCCAAAGGUCGGGUUGCUUCCGGGCUCGAAGAUUCUGCACCCGUACUCCCCGUUCUCUCACAGCGUCUCAUUCCUCUCCUCCUUGCUCCUCCUCUACACCUCCGUCUCCAGCGCAUACAACGCAGGAUUCUACUGGAAGGCCGACGGAUGUUUCAAAACGCCAACCCUGUACAUGGACGCGUUUGUGGACACGUUCUUCCUGAUUGAGAUUGUCCUGAACUUCUUCACGGGAAUCUACGUAGCCGGGGAGUACUGUGACGACCUGUACAUAGUGUCAAGGAGGUACUUCCUCCAAGGGUUCUUCUUCGACCUCCUCACGUCGAUCCCGGCGUCUUACUUUGAGGCGAUGAGGCUCCUCCGUCUCCUCAAGCCGAUCCGCCUCCUCAAGAUGCUGCGAACCUUCCGAGCGGUCAACAUGCUGCAGUCGCAGCUGCCCCGAGGAAGCGAGCUCUACUCGUGGAUCUCAGGAAAACUUCGGCUGCCGAGCUUCGUAUCGAGGGUGAUCAAGGUCAUGCUGGUGAUCGUGCUAGUCGAGCACGCCGCCGCCUCGCUCUUCUGGCUGGUGAAGGAGAACUCCAACACCUUCGAGCAAGUCCAGGCUUUCCUGAUCGACAACAACGUGCACACCUGUGACGAAUACUACUCGUCGAGGUGCAUGACUGACAAGUACAUCGUCGCGACUUACUUCGUCGUCAUCACCUUCAACACGAUCGGCUUCGGCGACAUCUCAGCGGUCAACACGCAGGAGAGGCUCAUGUGCAUCCUCUUCUCCUACAUCUCCGCCAUGCUCUUUGGCGCCCUGCUGGCAGAAGUCCAGGAGGCGAUGAUGCAGGUCAAUCAGCACGCGCGAGACAAGUCGUCGCUGCUCAACCGCCUGGGAGACUUCAUGGAGUCUGCCAACCUCAGCCGCACCUUCCAGUUCAAGAUCCUGUCCUGGGUUGACUUCGAGCAUGACUCGGAGAGGGGCAGGGGGAAGGAGGAGGAGGUCCUGUCCCUCCUCUGCCCCAACCUCGCUUGCGACUUGAAGUUGUUCCUCCACUCCUCCAUGUUCACCAGCAUCAGCCACUUCAACAACAUCGUCGACGACAGGAGGGAACUGUUCAUAGUCGCUCUGUGGGACCAUCUUGCCUGCAUGCUGUUCCCUGCCCUCUCCCGCAUCGCUGACUUCUCCAAGUCCAGGGAGGCGUGCGGCCUCUACUUUGUCACCAAGGGAUCGGCCGUCGUCCUGCACGACAGCGGGGCUGUCAUCUGCUCCGUUCCCCAUGGCUCCCACUACGGCGAGAAUAUCCUGAUGGGGAAGGGGAACGGGCCCGAGGGUCUCGAGCUCUGGUCGGUUACCAACGUCGAGACUCUCUUCCUCUCCCGCGACAGCUUCCAAGAAGUCGUCAAGACCUUCGGCGGGCUCAUUGCCGAGCAGUUCGGCGUGCAGCCGGAACAAGGAGGAGAAGGAGAAGCAGGAGGAGUGGGGGCGAUACAGGACGAGAGCACGCAUUUCUCCAGCCAGGUCCCUGCCCACGUCCUCCUCCGCUGGGGGGAGCUGGCGACGAGGCUGAUGAGGACCGAGCAUUUGCGGGAGAAGGCGGAGGGAGGAGGAGCAGACAAGAAUAUCAGUGAGAUCCGCCAGUUCAGCGCCGCCGUUGCCAAGUGCCUGUCACCCUCCAGCUCCUUCAAGGAUCAGGCAGAAAUCUCCCCAAUAGCAGCGGAGGAGGAGCCCAGCCAGCUCGCGAGUAUCUCGGUAAUCGGGGAGGUCAACGAGACGGAGGGGAUGGCAGUGGAGCAGGCAGCUGGCGUCUUGCUGAGAGGGCCGACGCUCGUCGAGCAGAAGAAGAAGCUGAGGGGCCUGAUCAAGUCUUCCCCAGCUGUGUCCGAGCUGCUGCUGCGGGUGCGCGGGCUGGUGGCGCGUGCGGAGAAGAUCUCCAAGGACGUGCAUGAGAUGGAGGGAGGGAAUGAGGACGAGGACGAGGACGAGGACGAGGACGAGGAUGUGGACGUGGACGUGGACGUGGAGGAGGAGGAGGACGUGGAGGAGGAGGAGGAGGAGGAGGAGGACGUGGAGGAGGAGGAGGAGGAGGAGGACGUGGAGGAGGAGGAGGAGGCCUGA